GUGUUGGCCGCGACCGACGACGACGCUCGCUCACACCGCAUACGCACACUCAGUGUCACACCGUCCGAGCCGACCGACAAUAUCAUGGCGAGGCAGCAGCUCUUGACCGCCGCGAUGAUCUUGUGCUGCUGUGGUGGCAGCCUCAUCGUUUCCGCGCUCGAUAUCAACAGACUGUACGGACACAUACACUAUAAAAGAAAUACAGGAGAACCAUGCCACCCAUAUGAACCAUUCAAAUGUCCUGGAAAUGGUGCUUGUAUUUCUAUUCAAUAUUUAUGUGACGGAGCUCCCGAUUGUCCAGACGGUUAUGAUGAAGAUGCCAGACUUUGCACUGCUGCUAAAAGACCUCCGGUCGAAGAAACAGCAAGUUUUUUACAAUCACUUUUAGCUAGUCAUGGACCAAACUACUUGGAAAAAUUAUUUGGCAGCAAAGCAAGAGAUGCAUUGGAACCAUUAGGAGGUGUCGAAAAAGUUGCAAUCACACUUUCUGAAUCGCAAACUAUUGAGGAUUUUGGGGCUGCUCUUCAUCUAAUGAGAUCUGAUUUGGAGCAUUUACGUUCGGUGUUCAUCGCUGUAGAAAACGGUGACAUCGGUAUGUUAAAGAGUCUUGGCAUUAAAGAUUCUGAACUAGGUGACGUGAAGUUUUUCCUAGAAAAACUAGUCAACACUGGUUUUCUAGAUUAAUUGACCAAUAAUAUAUCGGAAUUGUAUACAAUUCUAAUCCUCAAUAAUUUUCUAUUCCUAUUUUAUUCUAUAUCCAUCCAAGAUUCCAAAAAAUAUUUAUAAUUUUAUCCAUUCUUUUGAUCACGAAUUUUGUAUUCUAUAAAUUACUUCCCUAUUUGUUUUCGGUCAAUUAAAACAAACUUAUACUAUUUUAAUCGUGCAUCAAUUUUGAAUCACAAUACAUAUCAAAAUAAACACUAUAUACAUAUCAU